GGUCCAGUAACUAUCUGAAAGGCAUUAGUAUCAGACGCUAGCGCAUCUAAACAAAGUUUUUAGAAUGUCAGACCUACCAACUCCGAAGUGGGUGAACCAAGAACUUUUCCAUGGCUUCUUGGAACAGAGUAAUGGCGAUUUUAAGGCGAUACUAAAAUUUGUUCCAACAUCAGCGAUUAGUAAAGGGGAGAAUUAUUUGACGAUCGUGCUACGUAUACAAAUUGCAAUGCAGCUAAAAGAUGAUAGCACAGAAGAUAUCAGCUACAUACUGAAGAUUCCUUUGGUUCCGGAAGGUGAAGAUGACGAUUUUCACGAAAUGUUUGAUUCUGAAAUCAAGAUGUACGAUCAUCUGAUACCAGAACUGGAGGAACUAUAUACCAAGAAUACCGCAAUCUCACCGAAAUUCAAGCCUACGCAUUUUAAGUUUCCAGGAACUGUAGUAAAAAGUGACUACAUGCUGUUGGAAGACCUGAGAAAGAAGGGUUACAGGAAUGCGGACAGAACUCAGGGCUUGGAGCAGUUUGAAGUGGAGGCAGCACUAAAAAAGUUAGCACAAUGGCAUGCUGCCUCUGCUAAAAGAGUCGUUGAACUGGGGGAAUACGAGAAAGGCAUCCGUGAGAGUUACUUUACUACCGAGCACCAGAAAUUGUUGGAUGAAUUCAACAUCAAUUUCUCUAUGCCCUUCUUGGAGUGCAUGCAGAAAUAUAAUCUGGAUCCAGGACAACUUGUGCUAAUAAGCGACUAUACUUCACGUUUGACAGAUCUUUAUAUAGAGUUUGGCAAAAACGAUCCUAUGGAGUUGAGUGUCUUAAACCAUGGAGAUUUUUGGUGCAAUAAUUUUAUGUUUAAAUACAAGGAUAAUGGUUCUGAAGUGGAGGAUGUUUGCUUUGUAGAUUUCCAACUGUCGAAAUAUGGAACACCCGCACAGGAUCUUCUAUGCAUGCUGAUGACGUCCCCCAAGUUCUCUAUUAAACUAGAAAAGUUUGAUCACUUUAUAGAGUAUUAUCACCAGCAGCUUUGCGAGCAUUUGAGUCUUCUCAAUUACAAUCGGAAUGCACCUACACUAGCUCAGUUUCACACCCAUCUGCACAGAUACAGUCUCUGGGCUUUCAUCUGCGCUCAGCGAAUGCUUCCCAUAGUGCUGCUCCCGCCCGAUGUGGAUUCAAAUAUAGGCAAUGUAAUGGGAAACUCGGAGGAGGCUAUUUCAUUCAAGCGUAAGAUGUUUCUUCUGCCGGCUUACGUCGAUCAAAUCAAAGUCAUUUUGCCUUGGCUCAUUAAUAGGGGUUACAUAAGAUGAGCCGACUGCAAUAAUAAACAGGUUCUAGCAGAGCUUAAUAUGUAAUAGAAGUAUUAUAAUAAAUAAUCAAUUCAAACAUCCUUAUCACAAAAUAUCUGUAAAAUAUAUAUCUGUUAAAUUGGCCAUGGUGAAAUAAAUAAAAUCUUGAGCUUU